GCAUUGUGCAAUGCAGUGCAACCGGUUUGGGUACCUAUACCUAUGUGCAGGAUGCGCAUGGCUGCCGCUGGCUGGCAGCCGCUCAGCUCUUACAGCUCUAACACAAGCAACUAGAAAGUGACAAGAUAUUCUGAUGCCAGUGAAUGGCGUAGGUAAGUCGCGCAUCAGGCUUAUCCAGUAUUCCGGCUUAAUUCACUUCGCACAACGCGCCUUCAAUUAGUCGCCUUCUUCCAAUUGCGUGUGCAGUAGCCGCCGGCAGCAUGGCGCGGAUGCUUGUGUUGACUGCGUGCCUCUUUUUCGUACUGUCAGCUGCCAGCUGCGGUGCUUCCCGCAAGCUCCAGGAAGAGCCGCUCAAUGGAGGCCUCCCGAUUGAUGUCAGGGCGGCUGUAGGGGAAACUUGGGCUGUCGCGAAGUCCGCCGUUGCAUCGGGUGACCACGAGCUCUUUUCCUCCCUCUUUGCCCCAGAGGCCAGGCUGAAUGUUCCAAACAACCACCCCAUCACUGGAGCUGUGGGCAAGGCCUGGGAUAAGCUCCUGUCCUUCUUCUUCAAGGGCACCUCCCCUUUCUCAGGAAACAUCACGACAAGCGACGCCAUCUACCUGAAGAACAAGCACGCCGCCAAUGGAAAGGAGUACUUUGUGCUUACACGCAAUGCGUACAACUUGACAGAAGAUGAUGCGAAUGUGCUUGGAGACACUGGCGCCUCCAUUGCCCUAUUCCAGUGGCUGCCUUUGCCUGUUUCUCCAGCACAGCAGAUUGUAGCUGCCCUCGGGCUCACUGAUCCUCCCAAGCUCGGGCAGCUGAAAUUUAGGUGGUUUGCAUCCAACAGUGACCAGGAUGAGGAGGGCUCUGCCUACGCUAGCCUGGACAAUGUGUUUGAUGCUGAGGAUGAGGACGAUCUGCCUGAGGCUGAGGUCGACGCCAUGUUUGGUGCGCUUGGAGACCCCCCCCUCUCCGUGCGCCUCGCUCGGACUGUUAAUGCCACAUGGAACCGCUUCCAUCAGUCCAUCCUGGCCAAGGACAUCCACGGAGUGGAGAGGACUUUCUCAGAUGAUGUUCACCUGUACCCACCCUUUGCCAGCUCCAUCUCUGGCCUUGGCGAGAAGCUGGAGGCGGCCCUUGAGAAGCUCUUUGGAGGGGGCUCGAGCCUGACCCCGCCCACCCGCAAUUUCAACGAGCUCCUGCUGUUGAAGGGGAAGGUCAAGAGGAAGACCCACGGCGUCAAGACCAAGAUCAAGCACUUUGUGCUUGAGGAGAGCGACUAUGAGCACCCCUCUGACGACAGUGCCAAUGGCUGGUUUACUAGCAAGGGCAAGCAGAUGUGCCUCUGGGAGCUGCAGAAGCCCAAGGUCGCCCCCGCUUUUGUUGCAGAGGAAGUGGACGACUACCUGGGCGGGUCCGUUCUCAAGAAGCUGGACCUGAAGCUCGGCUGGGCCAUGUGGAACGGCAACCACGCGUCCAAGCACUCCCCCAGCCCCGCCCCCGCCCCUUCUGAGGAGCCGACUGAAGCCCCUGCUCCUAGGCCUACUGAGGCCCCCGCCCCCAAGGACGCUCCCCAGAAUGAGGUUGAUGCUGAGCUGGCGAUUGCAUAAGUGGCACUCCGCACGAGCUGUGGUGCUGCUCAGAAUGCUACUGAGUAGGAUAGUCCGCAUGCUCGGAAUGCUACUAAGUAAGUAGUCCGCAGGAUGUGGAGAGUCGGACAGGAAGUGCUGCAGGAUUCAGGAAGCAGCCGUAGAGUAAGUGCAAGCGAUGAGAGCAUCCCUGUUGCAGGGCUACACCGUAAGUUCUCGUCGAUCAGUCAUGUGGACGAUCACAACCUGUCACCGGCUUUGUUUCUGCAGUCUGUGCAAGUUGGUACCGUCAGUUUGUAUUGUUGUAGGCACGUCUUUUACUUCUUUAUCCUGCUUCACUUAGUCUUCGAAGGUGUUCGGACUUGCGAAUCGAUGAAUAUUCGAUCGACCUUUCGGUGCCAGGCCUGCCAUGAAUCCAAUGGGAAAGCAUGUUACUAAUUGUCCCGUGUAGAGCUAGAGGCAGCUCAGUGAUACACUUUGCGCCAGCAGACCAUCAGAUUAUGUUACACAGAUUACCUAGCUCAGCAGCUUUUCUGCGACAAUCGAGUCGGUUAUAGCGUACAAAAUUUCUCUUUAAAGAAAAGCACUGCAAUGGUC